GCAGACGGAGAAGGUGGACCCGUGGAAUUAAAACAGAGAAUUUCUCUCCUGAAUGGAGUAACUGUGAUUGUGGGAUCCAUUAUUGGGUCCGGUAUCUUCGUUAGUCCGAAAGGAGUGAUGGAGGGAUGUGGUAGUGUUGGGUUGUCUUUAAUCGUGUGGGUUCUCUCGGGAGUAUAUUCCAUGAUCGGAGCUUACUGCUAUUCAGAACUUGGUACCUCUAUUGUGCGAUCUGGCGCAGACUAUGCCUAUUUCUUUGAGGCUUUUGGACCAUUUUUGGCGUUUCUGAGAUUAUGGGUCGAGUGUAUGAUAGUGCGACCCUGUUCCCAGGCCAUCGUGGCUCUUACCUUCGCUUAUUAUGUUAUUGAACCCCUUUUUCCUGAUUGUACACAGCCGGACGACGCUGUACGACUUUUAGCCGCCAUUUGCAUA